UCUCUCUCCUCCCGCUGUCAGGUGACUUGGUAGCGCUAGGAGCUAAGGAGCGCGGAUGCUCCGGGGAUCCCGGGGAUGGACCCCGCCGCUUUCUCCGGGCGGCACGCGGCACCGAGAUCGGUGGGUGUGGCGGGGGCUCCUGGCCACCGGCCCCCCCCGAGCGUGACAGCCUGCCCGGGGUUCGGCGGGCACCCCCGCGCCACGGCGCCCGCACAGCCGGGGGAGCACGCCGCCGGGUCGCGCCUCGGGCCAGGACACAUGGGGCACCGCCACCAUCCUCAUCCUCCUCCUCAGCAUCACCCCGCGGCCCUUAAGCUCAGCCCUGCCCCUCAUCCCCACCACCAGCUUCACCACCACCACCAUCAUCAUCAUCAUCAUCACAUGGCAGGCCAAGCCGAGGUGGUCUCUAGUCACACGGGAGCGUUUGGCCCGGCGCAGUCACCAGCAGCCCCGUACCCCGUCUCUCACCCAGCCCAGGCGCUGGCAGCAGGUAGGGACUUCUUCAUACGCAGAGACCUGCCGGCCCCGUUCAUGCCAGGGCUGACCGAGCAGCACCCCGCUGCAAGUUCUCACCACGGACUGUUUGUCUCGACAACAGGUAGCUACCCCGGACAUCAUGGUCACCACCACCACCACCACUCAGAAGCUGGGAAUCCCUCUCUGUUCACUGGACUCCAUGAGCAGCCUCCUCAUGCAGCUCCAGGUGGCCGUCUAAACGGACAGAUAAGACUGGGGUUACCUGGAGAAAUGUACGCCAGGUCUGAACAUUUCACUCAAGUACCAGCCUCCAGGACAGAUCCUUUUGCUGCUUCUUCGCUUCAUAGCUACGGUGGCAUGAAUCUGAACGUGAAUCUGUCUCCUCACCACGGCCCGGGUGCCUUCUUUCGUUACAUGAGGCAGCCCAUCAAACAGGAACUCAUCUGUAAGUGGAUUGAGUUGGACCAGACUCCCAAAAAAUUAUGCUCGAAAACUUUCAGCACGAUGCACGAGCUGGUGACUCAUGUCACGGUGGAGCACGUUGGAGGACCCGAGCAGUCCAAUCACAUAUGUUUCUGGGAAGAAUGUCCAAGAGAAGGGAAACCUUUCAAGGCCAAAUAUAAACUUGUAAAUCACAUCAGAGUCCACACAGGUGAAAAACCUUUCCCCUGCCCUUUCCCAGGCUGUGGCAAAGUGUUUGCCAGAUCAGAGAACCUCAAAAUACACAAAAGAACUCAUACAGGGGAGAAGCCGUUCAAAUGCGAAUUCGAGGGCUGCGACAGACGCUUCGCCAACAGCAGCGACAGGAAGAAGCACUCGCACGUCCACACCAGCGACAAGCCCUACAACUGCAAAGUGAGAGGAUGCGACAAGUCCUACACCCACCCCAGCUCCCUGCGGAAACACAUGAAAGUGCACUGCAAAUCCCCACCUCCCAGCUCCGGCUACGAGUCCUCCACUCCCUCCCUGCUGUCCCCCUCCUCGGACUCCGGCCGGGAGCCCCCCGCCUCCUGCUCCCACGCCGAGCCCUCCGCGCCCGCCGCCAACCUGAGCGAAUGAUGUCUGCCCCGUUGCUCUCAAGGUAAUCUAGACAGACGCAGCUGAAAGCCUGAAUCUUAUGCCUUAGACAUCAAAGCAAGCUCGCACAAAGAAGUAUUCCUUCACAACGGUGAAUCUUCAUGGUAAGUUAGGAUUUCUAUGGCAAUAGGCAAGUCAUACUUAAAUAGUGAAAGGCGAAGUCUGGAGCCCGUCCAGUCUUUUCAUUAAGGACAUAAUAUUUACGUCUAACAGGCCCUUUUUCUUGUGUAUACAAGUAUAUAUUUUUGUUUGACGCGAACUAAAUCAUUUUCAUUUAAUUUCCGGUAAACAAAACCCACGCGAACAGGGCACUUGUUCCAGACCAUAAUAAAAAUGGAUAAGACUGUCAGGAAGAAAAGGCCCGCUUGAACCGUCGCCUCAGCUCACUUUUGUUUCUGCUUUCUGCCGGGAUCAGAGAAUGCGUUUGGGAUUUGAGAGCGAGUUUCUAAAGGCAAGGAAAUGGUUUUUAAGGGGGAAAAGAAAAAGAGAAAGGUCUAAUCAAGCUCGGGUUGUUCAAAGGGCCUGAUUUUGGGGUUGAAAGUGUGAGUUUUAUGGUGCAUCAGCAUGCCACGUUAGGAUCGCUAUGGUAAUGAGGAGAGCAAUAGCAAGAGGCCUUCAAAGGAGGCACACUCCAUUUGAGACAGUCUAUUAAGAUACAUUUGCACUGACCUUUGGUUUCAUGCUAGCUUAAUACACUCGGUCUGCUCCCCGCUAGAGAGAUACUUCCUCCACCUCAUGCGCUCGGGCGGAGUUGGGGUUUGCCAGGCUUCGCUCUCCACCCUAGCAGGCUCCUCUCUAGCUUCAUACCCCCAAGGUUCGGGGGUGCCAGCCAGGCUCGGGGGGACCUCCCGCCCCCCGCUCUCUCUCUGACCGCCGGCAGCAAAACCCGGACACAAAGCCCGAGAAGUCCUUCCCUCUCCUGUCCCCCACCCCUCGCGAGGGACGGUAGGAUGGGGACCGAAGGACACUCCCCGAGGGCUGCCUCCGUCCCAGGGUGUAGGUGUGCCGGUCGAAGGCUCCCUCGGGACCCGGGGAAGCGCGGAGGGAGAGCCGCGGCGCCCCCCAACCCGGCCCGGCGGUGCGGGGGAACUUGACACCCGCGCGGCCGGGGCCAUGGGCGCUGGGCCGUGGGCCCGGGAAAGUUAGAAGUCCAUGUUCCAGUAAUUGUCUUGUUGUUUAUUUUAUCCAAGUACCCUGGUGAAUAGGGGAAAAAUAAACACGAUGAAAAAAAAUUCAAACAGUUGAGUCGUCUUUAGUGCCAGUCCUUGUGGUUGAAUAAAAAGGAUGGUCCAAUUUCUAUUGAGCUGAGAAAUCUUUGAAGUGGGAGUUAUUAUCUGAGAAAUUCCUGCUCGUCGUCCUAACAACGCUGAUGAAACGUAAAAGGUUCUUUGUCAGCGAUUUGUUCUCCUCUCUGUCAAACUCACCCUGCCCGUUAGCUUUAAACCGUUUCUAAAGAGAUAAAAUCAAACUUUUAAAGAUAACUUUAGGGGCCCAGAGGGUGCAGAAAAUACCAAACUAUCGAAUCGUGUGUAUAGACAUACAUCAGGUUAUAUGUGGCUGUGGCUGUGUGAAACUGUCUGUGUACAGAUCUCCAUAGAUGUCUGUAUGACCUUACUGUUGGAAAGUUGAAAUGAUGUCCACUUUUUUUUUUUUUUUCAUUUUAUCCUCUGAACUUUUCCUCUAAUAAAUUAUUCCCACACAUAUGCUGCACAGAAUGCGAUUCUUGGGAGAAAGCAGAAGUGUUGAGUUUCAUUAACACCAAUAUGUGACCAACAAAUGUUUUAUUUCCAGUAGAGUGAAAGCAAGAACGUAGAUCUAAGAGGAAAGGCUUUGAUCGUUUUAACAGUCCGAAUACCUAUUAAGCAUGUAUAUAUUGCAAUGUAUCGAAGUUGUUAACGCGUUCAGAGCGAUGGCUUCCAUAUGCUUUCAUGUUUUAUUAUCUGUAAGUGUAAAGAUAUUCAAACUGCACCCCUUUUGUAUCUUCGUUUUAUAAACAUCGCGGUAUAAACUGAAAUUAUUCCCUUAUCAAGGAGAUUUAUUUAGUAGUUUUUCAUUGGAGAUCAUGAAAUGCUCUGUUCGUAACACGAAUUCCAUAAAGUAACUCAUCAGUGUACUUCUGUUCUAGUUGCUACAGAGUGAUCUGAGCCCAAUCCUGCCAUUCUAAGCAACCCCUUUAAUUUCAUGGGUCUUUUCCUCAGUAAAGACUGAGUCAAAAUGCAGUGGAGUGGGUAUUAUUAUUAUUGUUAUAAUUAUCAUUAUUGUUAUAAUUAAUCCUAAAUCUUGUUCUAUUUAUGGAAAAAUCUGCCAUGUGCCCUGUGAACUGUACAGAGAAGAAACUCGUCUGCAAAACGUAGCUCGCAAAAAAAAUUUGCAAUAUUGAUAUACUGUAUCUCUUUCCAGACUUCUAUUCCUUAUUUUCCUUCAGCACAUGCUUGGUAAUGAAGAGGUGUUCUGUUGUGUGUUUGAACAUACUAUUUAUUUUUAAUAUUUGGAUUUUUUUACAAUAAAUAUUUAUAAACGUUUCAAUUCUAUGGUUAUUUUUACAAAUGUGCACUUUUAAAAUAUGUGUUUGUACUGAUGAUACAAAGCCACUCCUA